CCUAAAAAGACAAAUAAAUAAAUUUAACAAAUAAAUAAAAUUGACACCCUGAGAUUCAAGGGGUCUGGCCGGAAGGGACCCUUUGUCACUUUGCACAAAGUGACCCUGGAGGGGAAGGGACAUUGAUAGGCAGGAGGUGGGGCUCAGGCCCAGCCUGGUCUGAGCAUUUGGGUGAGGUGGGGUGGCGGGCAGUUGAUGGCCAAGCCCCCCCCUCCCCCUUCCCAGCAGUCUCUGGUCGUGAAGUUCCUCUGCCUCCUCUGAGAGUCACUGUUCUGACCUCACUCUCAUCUUCCCGCUGCCGUCUCACAACAUCUUCGCAAUUUCCAGUUCCUGAAAAACCAACCUUGAGAAAAAGACAUUCCCUGGGGGCGCCUGGCACCCCCUGUGCCAGUCAUGCUGCUGCUGCUGCUGCUGCUGCUGGCGCUGCUCUGGGGGAGGGAGGGGGCCAAGGGCCGGGGGGUGCCCGAGAAGGACCACUCGCUGCAAGUGCAGGGGCUGGUGAUGGUGCAGGAGGGCCUGUGUGUCCACAUGCCCUGCUCCUUCUCCCUCCCCUGGGACAUGGACACUCUUUUACCUCCGCUCUCUCUCGGCUACUGGUAACGUGCCUGGGCAGAUCCUUCCCGGGACGAUCCCGUGGCCACAAACAACCCAGAUCGUGAAGUGCAGGAGGAGACCCGGGGCCGAUUCCACCUCCUUGGGGAUCUUCUGAACAGGAACUGCUCCCUGGGCAUCAGAGACGCCAGGAGGAGCGACAGUGGCUCUUACUUUUUUUGGGUGGAAAGAGGAAAUGCAAAAUGGAAUUACAGGUCUAACGUGGUCUCCGUGCACGUGACAGCCCUGACCCAGGCGCCCCACAUCCUCAUGCCCGAGACCCUGGAGUCCGGCCACCCCAGGCGCCUGACCUGCUCUGUGCCCUGGGCCUCUGAGCGGGGCACGCCCCACCCCCCACCCCCGCCGGUCUUCUCCUGGAAGGGGGCCACUGUCUCUCCCCAGGUGCCCACGACAGCCCUCUCCUCCGUGGUCACCCUGACCCCACGGCCCCAGGACCACGGCACCAGCCUCACCUGUCAGGUGACCUUGCCCGGAGCUGAAGUGACCACGACGAGGGCCAGCUACCUCAAUGUGUCCGCAUCCAGAGCCCUGGAGAACGGCUCUUCUCUUUCAGUCCUCGGGGACCAGCCCCUGCGCCUGAUCUGUGUCAUCGACAGCAACCCGCCCGCCAGGCUAAGCUGGACCCGGGGGAGCCUGACCCUGAGCCCCUCACUGCCCACCAGCCCAGGGGUGCUGGGGCUGCCGCAAGUACUCACGGGAGAGGAAGGGCAAUUCAGCUGCCGGGCUCAGAACCCCCUGGGCUCUCAGCACAUCUCUCUGAGCCUCACUCUGCAGGGGAAAUCAGAGCCCGGGGCAGAGCUGCUUCAGGUGGCCACGUGGGAAGCGGCUGUCAAGAUCCUGCUGCUCUUUCUCUGCCUCCUCGCCCUCCUAGUGAGGUCCCUCAGGAGGAAGGCAGCCCGGCCGGGAGGGGGCGUGUCAGAUGCCACCGCGGUCGCAGGUUAACCCAUCGGGUGAGUGAUAAGGGAGAUCUCACCACCCAGUAGGCCACUGGACACCUCCCCCAAGGGGCCCCCGCGAUUGCUUCACUCAUCAUGGCCAAAGUUGAGCUGCAUCUUCUUCCCCAAACCCACUUCUCCAUUGGGUUCCAAGUCACACAUGCCUCAGGGCAGCCCCCAGCUCUAAGGCCAGAAGGGGCAUCGGGGCAAGUUUCUCCACUUUCACCUCCCUCCCUUCUCCCUGAUCCUAGAAAUCACUGAAUGUGGUCCAGCCUUCCUCCUAAGCCCAGCUCGUCUUGAUCCCUCUCUCCUCCGGAUCCUGACCCAGGUUGUUCCAGCAGCCUGUCUCUUCCCUGGGUCUCUGAGCAGCCCACCUACCUACCAAUUCCAUCUCUCUUGGAAGUGCCUCCAGACUGUUUGCAGGUACCUCAUCGUCCACAUCCUGCCCAGUGGGAACAGCUCCGUGUCCUCUCCAUGGCCAGAGAGCAUAGCGCACACAACGCGGGCUGGAUUUGAAGCCAAGGCGGCUCUGCCCCUGCUGGACCCUCUCCUGGCAUCUACAGCAUCUCCACACCCAGCCUGGUCUGGCCUCUGUGACUCUGAGGCUUCGCCUGGGCUGUUCCUUCUCCUGCAACGCCCUUCUCUCCACAUUCCUGCCACUGCCAGUCCUGAUCAUCUUUUAGGCUGAGUCUUAAAUGCCUCUGUGUAU